AUGGAUCAAUGUGAUGAAAUAAUAGCUUUGAAAAGUAUAUAUGGUCGAAGUUUCCAUUGUGACGUUGAUAAAAAACCGUAUGAAGGCCGAUUACAUGUUGAAAUUAAUUUUCCAGAUAGUUCAUCACCCAUAACAGUGUCCUGCAACAUUCUAGAUAAGGAAAAUGUUGUUGUACUGAACCGUUUGUCCCCAAUUUAUUUAACCUUUACAUUACCCCCCGACUACCCAUCUAAGUGUCCACCAACAUACACACUGUCCUGCCUAUGGCUGACAGCAGAACAGAUCAAGUCCUUACGCGCUGCACUUGAUGCUAUGUGGGAAACGAACAACAACUUCGUCAUACUCUACAACUGGCUGACUGUGCUCCAAACGGAAACAUCAAACAUUUUGAAGCUUAAAUUUCCUCUUUUACAAAGUGAAGAUAAAAUUUUAAAACUCACGGAAUAUGAUUUGAAGAGGAGGGAAAAAGAAUUUUGUUGUGGCAUUCACGAUUGCCAGAUUUGUUUCUGUGAAAAAUCAGGGUACAUGUGCCUCAAGUUGUCAGGAUGUGGUCACAUUUUCUGCAAAGAUUGUUUAAAAAGCUUUUUGGAUGUACAAAUCAAAGAUGGAAAUGUGAAGUCACUGCAGUGCCUUGCUGAGAAGUGCUCCACUGAAAUUAAUCAUUCCAUGGUUAAGAGUUUAGUGGAUGCAGAAACAUUUGAAAGGUAUGACAGACUCCUUUUGAAGGCGUCUCUUGAGUCCAUGUCUGACAUUGCAUACUGCCCUCGUCCAUGGUGUGCCUGCCCCGUCAUAAUGGACAGGAAGAAUGGCAUGGGAUCAUGUCAGGCUUGUCAGUACACAUUCUGCAUCUACUGCAAGAUGGGUUACCAUGGUGUCGAGAAAUGUAGAUUGAAAUCAGAGGAAAUGAAGAGGUUAUACAGCAAGUACAUGGAAGCCACAAAAUCUGAACAACUUGAGCUUGAGAAAAUAUAUGGCAAGAAGAUGUUCAUGGACAUUUUGAGCCAAGUGGAAACCGACAAUUGGCUUGAGACCAACAGCAAAAAAUGCCCGAAUUGCAAAUCUAACAUUGAGAAAAAUGAAGGAUGCAACAAAAUGACCUGCACAAAAUGUAAAUCUUUCUUUUGCUGGCUCUGCUUGAAACAGCUAGACAACUUCAACCCGUACAGUCAUUAUUCUGAUGUGAAAUCCAAGUGUUACAACCAGCUAUAUCCUCCCGGUGGUUUUCCUGAAAAUAAUGCCGACGACGACUUCUUUUACGAUUUCAGUGACGGAGAAAUUGAUGAAUUUGACUAA